AAAGAGGACAUGGUGAGAGUUUUCGAUGUCAAACCCAGUGCUUCUGUUUAUGCAUCACUAAUUAAAGGGCUCUGCAAGGUAAAUGAGUGGAGUUCGGCUUUUAAGCUUAAGGAUGAGAUGUUGGAAAAUAAACUAGACUUGGAUUCGAUGAUUUAUUCCACUUUAAUCAGUGCGCUUUUCAAGGUUGGUCGGAAGGGGGAGGCUUUUGAGAUGUUGGAGGAGAUGAAGAAAAAUGGGUGCAAACUUGAUACUGUAACUUAUAAUGCAUUGAUCUAUGGGUUCUGUAAAGAGAAGGAUUUUGAUUCAGCUUUUGGUGUUCUAAAUGAGAUGGAGGAGAAGGGGUGUAAACCGGAUGUCAUUAGUUAUAAUAUAAUUAUUGGUGGGUUUUGUAGGGAGGAGAAACUGAGAGAAGCAAAUGAAUUGUUUGAAGAUAUGCCGAGGCGGAGGUGUGCUCCAGAUGUAGUAACCUACAGGAUGCUCUUUGAUGCGCUAUGCAGUGGGAUGCAGUUCAAGGAAGCGGCAGUUAUUUUGGAGGAGAUGAUUUUCAAAGGUUAUGCUCCUCGUGCUGAAAGUAUAAAUAAAUUUGCGCAUAGGUUGUUUCAAGAAGGGGAUAUGAAGUUGUUCUUCAGAGUUUUAGAUAGUUUGGCAGAAGGAAGUUUUCUUGAUGUUGGUACAUGGAGGAUUGUGAUCCCUGCAGUGUGCAAGAAAGAUAAGAUGCCCAAUGCCUCUGAGCUUUUUGAUACUUUGUUAAUGGCAUAAAGUGGUGAUCUGCCAAUUAGAUUAAGUUGGUUGUGUAUAGCUAUUGGCAGACUUUUACUGUGUUGAAGUUCAUUAUCAUGCAUUGGUAUGCAUCUUUAAACCUAUCCUUAUGUUCUUGCUGCUUGAAAUUUGGGUGCUAUAGACUUAGACAUGGUGAUGUUCUUGAGUGAAGCACCUUUGGAACCACAGGAGAAUGUGGUGCUGAUAGUCCGAUACAUGAUCCAUCAGAGUUACAUAAAUUACUGGCUAUUACUUCAAGACCACAUACAAAGGAAUAAUCUUUUAUUUGAAGUUAGCACCUUCUCUUUCUGCUGGCCUUACUAUUACUAGAGCAUGCUAUUUUUAUGUACCAUUCCAGAAAAGAACAUUGUCAGGAUAAAGGGUUGUAGAAUGUAGAAGACGAAAAAGGAGAUGAAUUUUGGGAAAUGGGAUGAAUUCAUGGAACACUUGGGUUCUAAUGUAACACAAGGGAAAGGAAUAAUUUCUAGCAUGGUCAAUGACCUUAGGCAGCCUUCACCAUUUUAAUCUACUAAAUUUGAUUGGGCAUUUUGGUGAGAUUUUGAUUAGGCUCCUCCUUUGUGACUACAUGUGUAAGGGGUCUUUGUCUAAAUUGAUGGUUCACCAAAGAAGCACCAACACUUAGUUGGGAGACUAGGUGGAAGAAAUCCUUGCUUAGCUAAGGGAAUCUAAAAUCUUCAUGUGCAUUUCGGUACAAAUGUACUUCAGUUUAAUAUUGAGGCCCAUAAUAUCCCCUAAUUGGGGUUUUGGACAUCUGAGUUUCUGAUUUUGUACAAGUGAAAUUGAUUGAGUAGAAUUUGAAGUCGCGGUUACAGACUGUAUCAAAGGGAAGUUCAGGGUCUAUUCCCAAUUGAUGAAGGGCAAUGAUACUUACAGCUUUGGUGUUGAGAUCCUGGAAAUCUCGAGCGCAGAAGAAUUUGGACUCCUCUCAGGUGUCUAUCUAAUUGUUAUGCCAUAAAGAUGUGUUGUGCCAUCUCAUGACUAUAGUAUGGAAGGCCAUCUGUGUCAACAGCAGCAAAGGCUUUAGAGGGUCUAGUAUAUUUUGAACCUGUCACCGAGGUAGCUUCUUAACUAUCUGCCAUUCACAAACUCAUGGUGAAACCAAUCCACUUGUUUCAGCUCUUGCAGUGGCAUCAAUCUGGUUAGAGGAUCUUGGUGACAAGUAUGUGAUGUUGUAAGCUUUUUUGUAUAAAAAAAAUUGUAAUGGGAGGAUUAUGCAUUUCUCUGAAGAGAUUAUUUUGACCAAAUAGUUCUACAUUACAAUUCAAUAAUUUUAUUAAAAUCUACUGAAUCAUUUACAUUAGAAAUGUCAACUUUUUCUUAGUUUUUAGUACAUACAUGUUCAUUACAUGUGCAGCAAUGUUUACAACGCCUUGUAAUAAAUUUCAGAUCAAUUCUUAUGGCA